AUGAGCUCUCCCUUCGAUAUCAAUGGCGGAGCUUGUGUCGCCAUGGUGGGCAAGGACUGCGUUGCAAUUGCCUGCGACCUUCGACUGGGCAUGCAGGCCUUGACAGUCUCCAACAACUUCCCCAAGAUCUUCAACUACGGUCCCUCGACUUACCUCGGUUUGACUGGCCUGGCCACGGACGUCAACACUGUCUCAGACCUCUUUCGCUACAAGGUGAACAUGUACCGACUCCGCGAAGAACGGAACAUUGCGCCCCAGACUCUGGCCAACCUGGUCAGUUCAUCGCUGUAUGAGAGACGCUUCGGACCUUUCUUCGUGAGCCCUGUCAUUGCUGGCGUGAACAGCACGACGGGUAAGCCUUUUAUUUGCGGGUUCGACAGUAUCGGAUGCAUCGAUUUCGCCAAGGAUUUCAUUGUCAGUGGUACGGCGAGCGACCAGCUCUUCGGUACCUGUGAGGGUUUGUGGGAGCCAGAUCUGUCCCCUGAAGAUUUGUUCGAGACCAUUUCUCAAGCCCUCCUCAGUGCAGUCGACAGAGAUGCUCUUUCCGGUUGGGGUGCUCAAGUAUACAUCAUAGAGAAAGACAAGGUGACGAAGCGGCUACUCAAAGGAAGACAAGAUUAG